AUGGCCACUAACGGAUCAGCUAGCUCGGCGCAGCUUUCCCAGAGGGAAGCCGACAUCAGGAUGAUGUGUGCUGCUGAGGUUCACCUUGGAACCAAAAAUUGCAACUACCAGAUGGAGCGUUACGUCUUCAAGAGACGCAACGACGGGAUAUACAUAUUUAACCUCGGCAAAACAUGGGAGAAACUCCAGAUGGCUGCACGAGUUAUCGUUGCUAUUGAGAACCCACAGGACAUCAUUGUGCAGUCAGCUAGGCCCUAUGGUCAAAGAGCUGUCCUGAAGUUCGCUCAGUACACAGGAGCCAAUGCUAUUGCUGGAAGGCACACUCCUGGUACCUUCACCAAUCAAAUGCAAACCUCAUUCAGCGAGCCCAGGCUGCUGAUUCUUACAGAUCCCCGUACUGACCACCAGCCCAUCAAGGAAGGUGCUUUGGGAAACAUUCCCAUCAUUGCUUUCUGUGACACGGACUCUCCCAUGAGAUUUGUCGACAUCGGUAUCCCCGCCAACAACAAGGGAAAGCACAGCAUUGGUUGUCUUUUCUGGCUUCUUGCUCGCAUGGUCCUUCAGAUGCGUGGAACCAUCCGCCCUCAACAGAAGUGGGAUGUCAUGGUCGAUCUGUUCUUCUACAGGGAGCCCGAGGAGGCGAAGCCAGAGGAUGAGGAUGAGUCCGCUCCUCAGGCGGACUUUCGACUACCUGCUCCUGAAUAUGGAAUGGGUGGUGGAGACCAAUGGACCACAGCUGCGAUCCCUGAUGCUGCAUGGCCAGGAGAAGCCCAUCAGCCUAUCGCUGCUGCUCCUGCCGCUGCUUCUUGGGACGAUUCAGGCGUUUCUCCAGCAGCAGAAGGUGGAUGGGACACGGCGGUGCCACCCCCGACUGCUCCAGUUACCAGUUGGGAGUAA